AUGGGCGUGGUAAACUUGGAUGAUGAAAGAAAAAAUAAAUCUAGUGGAUAUAUCACUAUUUCAGAGUUAUAUAAACGAAAUUUUAAUAAAUAUACAGAUGAUAUAAUUGAAAACCAAAGAAUCAGAAAUAUCGUAAAUGAAAUAUCACAGAUAACUAACAUUGAUAAAAUGAUUGGAUUUGUAGACAAAUACAAAAUGCUUGUAAAUUUAAAAUUGGACGCAGAAUCAAUAAUAGAUAAUUUUAUUUUUUCGACAGUGAACAUUUUUCCACUUUUAGCCAACAAGGAACGAAGAAACCAUGGAAAUGAGGAGAGAGUUAAAUUGGCAUUGGUGCCUGAUAUCAAAUUGGCUUAUUUAAGAGGAAACAUGGAAAUAAUUGUAAUGGAACACCAAAAACAAAUUAUUUUGGAUGGAUUAAAGAAAAACAAAAAAGAUACUACAAAGAUUACAAUAAUGAUGCAUGAUCUGCUUACAAAGAUUUCAAAAGAUUUAGAAAGUAGGGAGCUAUCAGAUCACAUCAAAAAUAUAAAUGUGUUUGAACUAGAUAUUGAAAUUUAUGUGAUGCAGUUACCUGCUCCUGAACUAUAUAUAUUUAAUAAGAUAUUUGAAUUCAGCCUCCCAACAAAUAUACAUAAUUUUCCAGAGAUCUCUCAAGCAUUGAG